AUGGCCCCGACCGACUACCGGAGCACAUUGGCAAGGCUGUUUCCUGAUACUGCUCCCGAGAGUAUCGCCCAUCUAUCAAGGGAGGAACUCUUGGCUUUGAUGACCCUUGAUGGAUCACAAUAUGCGCCGCUCCAAGAUUCACCAGCCAAUGUCCCUUCAGUUGGGACAAAGGCCUCCACGUUGUCGAUGGAAAGACCUGACCUGGAGUCUUUGCAUUCAAUACCAGGAGAACAGCUCGAAGAAAAUCAGAGUUCCGGAACUUCGGAAUCAAUCGGACACAUCUCAGACGACGUGAAUGCACUGUCCCUAACGAACCGUCAUCCUACAUCAUAUCUAGGAGUAUCAUCCAUUCAAGCCGCGCUCAAGGUGAUUGCAUGGCUCCAUCCGGAAUUCGAAGCCUACUUUUCUCUGGCUUUAACCAAGGAGCAAACCGGUCAGCAAAAUAGUGUGUCACCUCAGUCCUUGGUCCCUCCCAUCUCAUGCCCGCCACCCACCGAAAUGGAGAUGGUGGAUGCGUACUUUACCAACUUUCAUCCAUUCGCACCACUUUUGGAUGAAGAUAACUUUCGAAAGACUUAUGCCGAUGGCCAACGGAGGGAUAAUCGAUGGCUGUCAUUGGUGAAUAUUGUUCUCGCAUUGGGGAACAUCGCAGCAUCAGGAUCAGGUGCAGAUAACCAGACACAUUAUGCAUAUUUCCAGCGUGCAUUGAAUCAGUUGAAUUUGAGUUCCCUCGGGACACCGAGUCUGGAAGUGACUCAAUCACUGGGUCUCAUGGGUGGCUGGUACUGUCAUUAUAUCAGCCAGCCAAAUCUGGGGUAUUCUCUCAUGGGUGCUGCUCUGCGAAUGGCAAUCACGUUGGGUCUGCAACGAGAGCCCUACGAUAGUCAUCUAUCUGUGAAUCCAUCAAGGUCCAUCGCCCAAGAAUCAAAACGACGCGUUUGGUGGUCGCUUUGUUGCUUGGAGAUUUGGGGUCUUGAAACACUGGGCAGACCGAGUAUGGAUUGCUUUGGUCCUGGUAUCACAGUCAAUCUUCCCAGUCUACUUGACAAGGAAAACUAUACAAAAAUUCUGGCUUUAACCGAAAACGUCCAAUUUGUGCGAAUUGCAACGAAGAUCCACGGAUUACUCGCCUCCCUCCCAACAAUUAAAUACGCAGAAAUGUUCGACAUCGACUCGCAACUCGUCCAGUGGUGGAACAAUCUCCCGUCAAUAUUAAAGGACUACGAACCAUGCCCAGAGUCUAUAUACGCAGUGCGAACCGUUAUGCGCUGGCGAUUCUACAAUCAGCGCAUGCUACUAUAUCGACCCACGCUUCUCAACUACGCUAUACGAAGAAUCCCAUUCAUGGCCGUCCGAGCCGAAGAGCGCGCCGCAAUAGAAAAGUGCCGCGAUAUCGCAAAGUCCCUGAUCCAAGAUAUCGCCAUCACCGCACCGUUGAAUAACAUAAUUGGCUGGAACGCUGUCUGGUUGUUGUUCCAGGCUACAAUGGUUCCGCUCGUCUGUCUAUCUCUCGGCUCAACGCAUGAUGUUUCUUCUGGAUUGUCGGAUGACUGCAAGGCGCAGGUUGAUACUGCUAUAUUGACCCUUGACCGGUUGAAACCUUACGGACACACCGCGGAACGCUCCCGGGAAGUCAUUUCGCGCAUCCUUGAAGCUAAUAUGCAGAGUCCUCAUGGGGAGCCUUUUGAUGCCAGUGCGAGUCAAAUUGGUGGGCAGGAUUUCCCGUUCAUGAACGUCUUGACCAGUUCGCAAGGUGUUGUUGGUCAGGAUCAAUUGGCGGAUCGGAUGACUGCUGGGUUUGGGAACGGCUGGUCCGAGUCCAUGUGGGAGUAUUUGAGUUGGGAGUCUAGUGAUCUCUGGCCGGAGAUUUCUAAGCUGAACGUGCAGAACGACGUGAUGCCGUUUUUGGACUCUGUCGACACUGAGAUGUGA